AUGACUAAGCAGUAUUUAGCCAAUGUAUCCCUGAAGAUAAAUGUGAAGGUUGGAGGAAGAAAUACUGUGCUGGUUGAUGUGCUCUCUAGACGAAUUUCCCUUGUCAGCGACCGCCCAACUAUCAUUUUUGGUGCAGAUGUCACCCAUCCCCACCCUGGGGAGGAUUCUAGCCCGUCAAUUGCUGUGGUGGUUGCUUCUCAAGAUUGGCCUGAGAUUACAAAGUAUGCUGGUUUGAGGACCUGUGACUGGUGGCAUGAUAAAUCAGGGAAUUGCUUAUUUCUUUCCGUCGAGCAACUGCACAGAAGCCUCAGAGAAUUAUAUUGUACAGGGUUGAUAUUAGUCGUAAGAAUCUGUCGAAUAUCAGUGGUCCAGAAAUGUCAUCAUACAAGGUUGUUUGCCAAUAACCACUACGACAGAAAUGCAGUUGAUCGGAGUGGGAACAUUUUGCCUGGUACGGUUGUAGAUUCAAAGAUAUGCCGCCCUACUGAAUUUGAUUUCUAUCUCUGUAGCCAUGCCGGCAUACAGGGUGCUAGCUGCCCAGUUCAUGAUCAUGUUCUGUGGGAUGACAACAAUUUUACUGCUGAUGCCCUGCAGUCUUUGACCAACAAUCUCUGCUAUACAUAUGCUAGGUGUACUUGUUCUGUCUCCAUUGCUUUCCGUGCUCGGUUUUACAUGGAGCCAGAGCCAUCUGACAGUGGACCAGUCACAAGGGCAGCUGCUUCAAACAGAGGAGGUGUGGGAGCUAUGUGAAGGAGCACGCGAGCACCAGGUGCUGGUGCUGCUGUAAUGCCUAUUUUUUUUUUUUUUUGGUCCUUGCUUGUAUAUGCUCCUGCGCUCCCGGCUUAGGUGCCUAUUGAAGACUGCAAUUUUUGCAGAAAAUAGUCAAUACAGUUACUAUUAUGAUAAGAGAUGGGCAAGUGUCUGAGUAGACUUAGGGAUUUCUUAGUCCCAAAGCAGCGAAUAUGUUAAAAUGGAACGAUCCAGCAACCCUGUUUCUGUGGAUUCUUCCACGUACCUUUGGCUUGUUGAUACAUGUAGAUCGUAUUGCCGUCAGCACUGAAUAACUUGUACACGAAACAGCUUCUGUUUUGAAGUCUUUCCCAGUCAAUAGUCAAUAGCACUGCCUCUAUUAUCAGAUAGCAUUAAUAGGUUGAGAUGGAGCUUAAAUCGCAAGAGUAGCUGCCUUUUAGACGGUGUGGCCUAAUCGUGUGUUUUGACUCUAUUAUGAUACCUUCAUCUGCUGCACUAAGAAAUUGACUAGUGCGGUGAAUUUUCUACA